CAGCCAAAAAAAAAAACCCAGCCGCGGCCGCCGUCGCCUGCCUCGCCGAUGGCCGCCGCGCCGUCGAGAUGUCUCCUCGUCACCGGCCCACCGGGCGUGGGGAAGACGACGCUGGUCAUGCGGGUGCUGGAAACCCUCAGGUCGUCCCACCCGCACCUCGCCGUCCGCGGAUUCUACACCCGGGAGGUGAGGGAGAAUGGGGAGAGAGUCGGGUUCGAGGUCGUGACGCUCGACGGGCGAAGCGGACCGCUUGCAUCCUCUAGGAUUUCAAGCCCUGAGUCUGUUAGAUGGCCUACUGUUGGGAAGUACAAAGUAGAUGUAGCAUCUUUGGAAUCGCUAGCAUUGCCUGAGUUACAGGUCAAAGAAGAUACAGAUCUCUUCAUCAUUGAUGAAGUGGGUAAAAUGGAAUUGUUCAGUUCAGCAUUUUUCCCUGCUGUGAUGAGAGUUAUGGAGUCCAACAUCCCUGUGCUGGCCACCAUACCACUACCAAGAUAUGGCCGAGACAUUCCUGGAGUUGCAAGGUUGAGGAAUCAUCCUGGAGCAGAUGUUUUCACCUUAAAUACUGGCAACAGGGAUACCAUGAGAGAGAGUAUCUACAAUCAGUUGAGCAGAUUGAUGCAGAAGAGGUCUCCUUUACACUUGUUGGCAGUGCUUUUGAAGGCAGAAAGCUCAAGGCAAUCUCGAGAGGGAUACGGCGGCCCAUCGAGAUAUGCAAAGGUAAGUGCUUGUACAUGCAGAUCUAUGCGUAUGCAGAGUUGCGGACCGGAUACAUGCGCCAUGGACGCAAGAUGGAGCUGGAACAACCGAAGAGGGCUCCACGGACAAAUCUACAAAGGAUAUCGAGGUCAAUCCCACCCGGCCAUCGGAGAUCCUAGUAGCCUCGCCACCGAAGCAGACUGCUGGAUCUCUCUGAAAGUUGUGACCAUGAUGCAGUACCUGGACUUCUCCCAGGCCAGCACCUCCAAGAAGUGGACGGCCAACAGCAGCAAGAGGCAGCCGGGCCAAGGGUUCGAUGCUCCGAGGAACAGCAUGGAGUUCGCCAUGGAGGCGCCCCACAGCUACGGCGUCUUCCAAGAGGACGUCCCGUACUCUUGCAACAGCAUGAGGCAGUACCCAAAAUCAUCCUCGGCCCCAAUCAAGAAGCUGAUCCAUGAGGACGCGUCCUUCAGGCCGAACGAAGGCCACAAGAGAGUGCCCAGCGUCAUCGCCAGGUUGAUGGGCAUGGACUCGCCGCCGAUGAACUCCGAGCUCACCACCCACCUGGAUGAUGCUAGGCAGGAGAUGGUCGUCGCGAGGCCGGUGUCGACCAAGCAUGUCUCCUUCGCGCAGCAGAAGAAUCCUGUCCGGCAUACGGCGAAACAGGAAGUUUACACCUUCGACGACGCCGGCGACGACGAGAGGGACAUUCUUGCUCAGCUGACCAAGAGGAGCAAUGGUGGUGGAGGUGGUGGUGAUGGGUGGAGCAAGCCGGUGCCGCGGGAGCACCCACAGGAGGAGGAGCUGCAGAAGUUCAAGAAGGACUUCGCGGCGUGGCAGGCCAGCAAGGUUUGGGAGCAGUCGAGGGCUCUGGAGCUGGACAGCCGGCAUAAUGUCGGCCACGACGAAGACGACAGGUGCUCGGAGAUCGUACCCUACAGGUACCACCAGAAGGAUCGCAAAGGGAGAGAUGGCAGGCACGGCAAUGACGCGCAUUCGAGAAGAAGAGGCAAGGAGGGCGGCGGCGCGUCCAUCUCCGGCAGCCGGACGUUCUCUCUGACGAGCGCGGACGACGGUUCUUCCGCGAGGCUGCCGCUCUCGAGAUUCUAUUACGAGGAGGAGGAGAAGCCGCUGUCGCCGACGAGGAUCGUGAUCCUGAAGCCCUGCCCGGAGCUGAGCGCCGACGACGUCGACGAGUCGUCGCUGGGCUCGCCGGAGCUGAUGAAGAACGAGAACAACAUGGAGGCGUUCCUGGAGGAGGUGAAGAUGCGGCUCAAGAUCGAGCUCGAAGGGCACUUGGCCCCCGACGACAGGGCGGCCGAACGGUGGCCCGACGUCCCCGCCGACCCGAAGCAGAUCGCGCGGAACAUCGCCGACCAGAUCAGGGAGAGCGUCACCAAGGAAAUGCACCACCCGGCGCUGCUACGCUCGGAGUCGACGCGGUCGUACCGCAGCAGCGACGUGCAGAGCCAGAUGGACUACAUAUGCAGAGACGCAAGGAAGCAGCUCUCCGACCGGCUGAGGAACGUGCUCAGGAGGGAGCCGGAGGCAGACCAGCCGCCGCCGUUCGGCUCUCAGCGGAGACGGCCGGCCGCCUCGACGCCGUCGUCUUCGCCGUGGGACGAAGAGCCGCGGCCGAAGCCGACGAGUCCGCGGCGCGACGUGGCGAGGAAGGGCGACAAGAAAAUCAGGAGCAAGGAGGAGAAGAAGCGCGCGAUCGAGUCAUCCGAAGUCCGGUCCUUCAGACAUGGGUGGUACAAGAACUCCGCUACGGCGGCGGUCGUCGACUCCUCCGACGACGCGGCCUCGCCGAGGAACCUGAUGAGGUCGUUCUCGGCGCCGGUGUCCGGGAACUUCGCGAAGUUCCUUUCGGAGGGGGAGCCAAAGGUGCUCGCCGGAGCGCGGGUGCAGCUGAAGCACGAGGGACAUGGGGACUACUACGGCGGGCGGCCGUCGCCGGAGGAGGAAAGGCAGCCGAAAGGGAGGAAGGAUGCGUUCGGCAUCAAGGGGAAGGUGUCCAACCUGCGGCAGAACCUCGGGCUUAGAGCGAAGCUGUUCGGCAAGAAGCUCCACUCCGCCGCCGCCGACGAGUCGUCGUCAUCGUUCUUCCUCGACGACUUCCCGCCGAUGGGCACGCUGGUCACCGCCCCCUCCGUCCUCAUCCACCCCGGCGUCCUGCAGGAGAACUCCACCGAGGUGCCGCCGAGCCCGGCGUCGUGGUGCAGCAGCCCGCCAGAUGAAUUGAUGAUCCGGGGAGGUUACCCGAGCCCCGUCUCGCCGUUGGAGGCUUCCUUCGGUGAGCACCGGUCCCCGUUGAAGCCGGCGGCGAGCUCAAGUGCUUCUGAACCAGGCAAUUCAUGCCUGGAGCAAGAUCAAGCUGAAGAAAUCCCACAAGCAAGUUCAGCAGUCCAGGACGAUGACGACGACGACACGGCCGAGAUGGAUCACCCGACAAAAGCUUUCAUCAGAGCCGUCCUCGUCGUGGCCGGCAUGUACGGCCAGAACUCCGGCGAUCACCUCUCAUUAACCUGCCAACCGAUCAAGCCGAUCCCCAAGUGGGCGUUCGAGCAAGUCAUCUGCUCGACACCACCUCCGGAAGCCGCUUCCGUCCAUGACGUCGACCACCGGCUCCUCUUCGACCUGAUAAACGAGGCGCUGCCCGGAGCCGCCCGCGGCUCGACGACACUGUGCGUGUUCAGCAAGUGGUACGCGGCGCCACCGAGAAGAGCGUCGGCGGACAAGAGGCUGCUCGACGGGCUGUGGAGAUCCGUGCAGACGUGGCUGGAGCCGCCGAGCGUCGACGACGACGCCUACUCGGUGGACGGGCUCAUCGGCCGCGACAUGGGCGUGUCCCCCUGGAGCGGCGUGUUCCGCGACGACGUCGACGGGAUAGCCGAGGAGAUGGAGGCGGAGAUCCUGUCGGAGCUGGUCGACGAGACGCUGUGGGACGUGCUGCUCAACGUAGGGGACUGACUGACUGACUGUGUGGUUGAGCUUGGUGUUCAGAGCAUGCAUACUUGUACAGUACAUUUUGGGGUGUGUUUUUCUCUCUUCUUCUUGUGUUUCUUCGGAGUGCUUUUGCCGGAUUUGUGAUGAGAUGCUGGUGAGUGAGUGAGUGAGUGAGUGGGAGAUGUAACUAAGCUUGUGUGUGUGCGCUUGUGCGUGGAAGGAUACCGAAGAUAUCUGUCCAGAGAAAAUGCACAGGGAGACUGAAGAUAAAGGAUUCUUAUUCA